GUGUGUGGAGGGGAUUGUGUGUUGUUAUGGGUUUAGCCUCAUGGUAAUACUGGCUUUCAAGACUAAAUUUGGAAUGAUCGAUCUUGGGUUUUUGGUGAUGCAGCAUGAGGAGAAUGGGUCUCCAUUAUACUAUAAGGCCAGUAGGUAAGAUCCAUCAUGCAAUCUGUGGGUCCUGGGCUGUCCUUGUUUGCAGAAAGUAUAUUAUUCUUUCCAUCUUAUCCCUAUAGUGAUCACUUCAUAUGGUUUGUAACAUCCAGAAUUGAUCAUCACACUUAGGAUGUAGUAGUAAAGGUAAAGCAGCAGGCAGUAAUCAUGUUAAAUAACAUCUUAUCAGUGUUGGUGUCUGUUUUAUGAUGCAAAAAAAUCUCUUUCCUUCAGGAUUAUCACCUCUCUAGAGUUAGAUUGAAUCACAUAAACACUCAGGUUUCCCAUAGAUCCUUCUUGUCUUUCUUUCAUACUUUAUUUCCUGUCUCACAUUUCAAUAAUUUGUAUCUUCUCCCUGGGGGAUGCAGGUCAAGGGUUUGUCAGACUUCUUCAUGGUUUCAAAUCAACGGAUCUUUGUUUUGAUCUUUGUUUCUUUGGUGUUUGUUUCAACUUCCACAUGACCAUUUAUUUCAACUCUGGUCUUCCUUAUGCUUUCUCCUAACUGCCUUGGGAUUUCAGUUGGUUUUUUAUCUUGACUUCUGACUGCCAAGAUGCAUCAUUAGGAUAUUUGAGGUAGCUAUGAUUUUCCUGAUGUAGAAACUGAGAGCCAACAACUUGCCUCCUAGACUACUUUUGUGUCUUCUUUCGAGCAUCUUGUGGUGGUCCCAUUCCCCACCUGCCACGGUGGUGAACAUGGAGGGAGAAUUUCCAUGGACUGGUCUCUGUGAUUUACCACCAGCAUGCAGAGAAACAGGAUCCAGGCUGUCCAUCUCCACCAUUGUAGAUGCUAUGUGUUGCUUAGGCCACAUGGCUGAAGAAACCCUAGGACUCAUAGGAACAAAUAGGCUUAGUGAUGCCCUGGCAAAAAACUCUAUGUUCAACAAGAGAAAAAGUGGUGGUACCAUCCUUGGUGAAAUAUGGCAUGUCCCAAAGACCUAUUCGUUCAAGAGUCCUGCAGGUAGCCCCAGCCUCCCUCCCACCCUAAGGAGGGGAGGAAGUCAACCUGCCUUGCCCACACCGGUGGCAUCUGAAGAGCACAAAGGGCAAGACAUGAAUGAAGAGAGAUAUAGCAAGAUCUCCUCUAGGUCCAGCUCUCCAGAUUUAUACAAGCUGCUGGAUCUCAGCUGGCCUGGGAAUUCUGCCCCACGCUUUCAGGCCGUGCAGGCCUGUAACAUCAAUAAGAAUUUUGAGGAGACAGAGAGCACGACCUGUUCUGGUGACAGUGACACAUCCGAGGACGACCUCUCCUACAUGGAGGACAUCACUUCUACCUCAGCCCCACAGGAUGACGGUGUGGAGGCUGAGAUUGAGGAGACUGGCAACAGCACCAUGCUCAGUCACAAAUCCCUCAGUGCAUUGUUCUUCCUGGAAGAUACCCACUGUCAACAGAUCCCAGGCCCUCAGGAUGAUGCUGAGGUUACCAAUAGCUUCAGCACAUCUAGAGACCUGAAGGAAAUUGACCCACAGCCCAGUGAGAGAACACAUGAUGCUGUGGACUCUGUGGACUCUCUCCAGAAUGAGAACACUGAAUAUGAAAACAGCAAGGGAAUAAUCCUUGAGGAGUCACCACCCAGCUUUAGCAAGGACCAGCCCCAGAAGGUAGCCACAGCCUCCAAGAAGAAGCAAAGAAGGGGCUGGAAAGGGGUGAGGAGGCAGAUUAGUCACCUGACUUCCAGUUUAUUCUGUUGCCUCCUCCCCCCAAAGACAGGAGACACAACCCCCACGGCUGAAGAAGAGGCCUGGGUCCAUGGUUCAUAAACCAUGGGUCUCAGUUUGGCCUGGUGUGGUCUACAGGCCACAGGAGGGAGCCAGGCCAGAAUUCCACAAAGCUAUGUACCCGAAACAACAUUGUUAUGUAUCAACCACCUCAAGCAACUCGGACACCAGCGGUUUAUCCCUCCUCUCCCUGCAGUGUGAGCUGUUAGCUCCCCAACUUAAGGUCAUAGUUGUCCCAGCACUAUGGCUGGACAGAGAAGUCAGCCACCUGGCCACCCUCUUUGAAAGAGCUAGCCGGUCACCUUCUGCAAUCCCCAUUCUAGAGCCUCGUGUUCCACAUGACUUGGGGUCUUCAUCAACUCAUCUCCUAACUUGUCAAUGACCAGAUGGAAAGAAUUACAUGGACUGUGUAAGCCCAGGAGCCUUCUUCUACUAAGUCGCCCAUCGUGCUGUUCCUCUGUCUCAGAAAUCCAGAAACUGGUGUCAUAGCUAUGUCCCAAUGAGUCUGCUGAAAACCACAUGUGUGGCUGGAAUCCAUGAAGAAUAGGAGGGUAAACCCUUGUCAGCUGCCUCUGUGGGACUGUCACAGAGCCGCAGCUCUUAGCUUUGUGUGGGAGCCUUUGCCACAGUGACUCAGUACUGUGGACCCUAUGGCUCAUUUCUGCUUGUUGUGGACACAUCAGGACUACAUAUGAAACUGGAGCAGUGGUGCACUCUCCAUAGUUGGAACAAGAUUUCCCAGGCCUGAUAUGGAAAUUCUUUUACUUUAUUAAAUGCUCACUUGAUUUUUA